AUGGCGGGGGGGACGGCGGGGGAGCGGGGUAUGGCGGGGGGAGCGGGGUAUGGCGGGGGGGACGGCGGGGGAGCGGGUGAUGGCAGGGAGAGAGGGGAGAGCGAGGUUAGUCUAGCCACAACUAUCGUGGUGCUCAAUGUAUCUGUCUUGUUGGGUCUCUUGAUCAGGAAGUUCUUCCUGAAGGAGAACAGGUUCUUGUUCAUGGUAAGUACGUGCGUCAGUGAUUUGGGAACAGGCGUUUCCUGGUACUAUUCCGGCCUUUUCGAUGCUUUGGAUGCCUUCCCCCCAAGGAAUGGGACUUAUUACAUUGGCCCCACAUUCAUGGGACUGUCCUACUUGGUCACUUUGGCAGCCCAAGCUGACCGUUACCACGCCAUCAGCUCACCCUUCCGGUAUUCCCAAAGAAUGACCCGCAGCAGAAUCGGGAUAGUCAUCGCUUGCCUCUGGAUCUAUGCCUAUGCAGUUGCCGUCAGCCAGAACUUGGUCACUACUGCAACUGGUUUGAAGAUCAGUGGAAUCGGCUCACUCAUCUGCAAUAUAAUCACCUACUUCAUCAUGGGAGCACUGAAUGUCAAGCUUUAUCUGAUCGCCAAGUACCAGCUGGACAGGGAACCACCCUCGCCUGAGAGAGAGAGCAAGCGAACCUCCCUCUACCUCAUCGUGGUGGUAGCCAGCUCCUUCCUCGCCUUCUGGCUGCCCAUCUUUCUCAACGUUCUGAUCUGCUCAUUUUCGCGACGUUUCUGCUUGAGGUUUGCAAUGGAUGGGGUGGACCCUCUGAAAAUUCUGCCCAGGGUAAACGCAGCCAUCACCCCUGCUUUGUAUAUCAGGGGCUGCACCCCCUUAAAAGAGGUGGUAAUGACCGGAGUGUGGAAGUGCUGUAGAUUCAGUAGUCGGUAA